AAUGGAAAAUUUAGGAUAAAAAAUUGUUAUGUUAAAAAAAGAUCUACUUAUGGUUUCUAAUUUAAUUGAUUAAAGUUUAUAAAGAGAAAAGGCUAUGGAAAUUGAUAGGAGAUUUACAUUUUGUAAAUUUAUCAAAGAAUUCUUUGAUCAAUCUAAAAGAGAAAAAGAUAAUAAUUCAGAAAUUAAAUUAUGGACUAAAGACUGCUUUGUUAGAGAUUGCUCUGAAAAAUGUACAAUUAAUAUAGUCGAAAAAGCUGAAGAAAUGUUUGAUCAUAUAAAUAAAGAAAUCUUAUAAUGGAAAGAAUUAAAUGAAAUAUAAAAAAGAGAAAAAUAAAAAAAAGAAGAUUAAAUUAAUAGAUAUGAAAAAUAAAUAGAUGAUUUGAUUGCAGAAAAAUUAAAAUAUGAAGAAAAACCUAUUAUUUAACCUCCUCCUAUUCCUUAACCUACUUUUGUUCCUCCACCUAUUCCUGUACCUCAUCCAGAACCUCCUGAUGAAAAAAUGGAAAGUGUGGCAAGAUUCUUGGCUACUUUAUAUUUAGAAGCUAGAAAAUAUUAAUUAACAUUUGAUUAAGUCUUAUCAGAUUCAUUUCCUAUUUACAAAAUACAAAAUUAAUAGUAGCCAGUCAAUUCUAAAAGUGUCCUACCUUUUUCAUUGAUGCAAAUUGAAGGAAAUGAUUUAAUAUAUAAAGUCAGAAAAGAUAGUUCUUUGGAAAAAAAAGAUAAACCUUAUUGGGAAAGUUAUACUGAUCCAUCCCUAUCUAAUACAUUAUAUUAUUAGAAUGAGUAUUUUAAAGAAAAAGUCAAUGAUAUUAUGGAAAUGGCAGAUAUGGAUUAAAUGGUCUAUGCUUAAGGUUUAGAUGAUGAUAAAUAAGAUGAAGAUGAUAAAAUGUUCAAAAAGAAAGUUAAAGGAAGUACCACCAGAUUGACUGGGUCAAAUGGAGCAUAAAUAAAAUGA